AAGGGCACAGGCUUAUAUAUAAUUAAAGCAAUAACCCAAUUAAACACCACAAAGUAAACGCACCCAAAUGCUCUUCCUUUUCUAGUCAGUUCUUACACAAUGGCACCAAAAUUUAGCUUCCACUGUUUCACUGCCAUAGUAGCAUUGGUUCUAGUUUUCUUCUCAGCAAUGGGAAUCAGCAGUGUAAUGGCUGAUCCAGCCAAAGACAGAGAGGAUUGUAUGGAUCAGUUGACGGGGCUGGCCACUUGUCUCUCCUACGUUAGUGGCCAAGCCAAGGCCCCCACCCCUGACUGCUGCAGUGGCCUAAAACUGGUUCUCAAGAUCAAGAAGAAGUGUUUGUGUGUUAUCAUUAGAGAUCGUAAUGACCCAAACUUGGGCCUUCAGAUCAAUGUUACUCUUGCUUUGACUUUGCCCUCUGUUUGCAAUGCCCCUGCUAAUGUCUCCAAAUGCCCCGAGCUUCUAAACAUGGAUCCCCAUUCACCAGAAGCUCAAGUGUUCUAUGAGAUGGAGGCGAACAACUCUACUAAGACCGCCAGUGGUCCUGCUCCAAGUCCUACUGCUGGGGGUCCUGUAAAUGUGCAAGGCAAAGGUUCACAUUCAAGCAGGGGGACUGGUCAAGACAAGUGUGGAUGGAAAGCCAUUUUUGGAGGGGUUAUGCUCUGGACUGUAAUGGCCUUUCAUUGGAUCAUGUAGGCAGUCGAUCGAAAUUUACUGUUACAUCACAAUCUUAACUAGUUUUACAUACGUUGUUUGUUCUUGCAAAUAUGUUUCACAUAUUGAAUAACAUCAAAAGAAAAACAAGACGGGGUUUUAUUGGAAAAA